AUGACUUCUCCCUUGAAGAACCCAGGCAAGCGUGUCUGUGUCAUUGGCACUGGUGUGCUAGGCUUGGUCGCUAUCAAGAACCUCAAGGAGCAGGGUCUUGACGUGACGGCUUUUGAGCGCAAUGAUGAAAUUGGAGGCACGUGGAACACGGCGUCGGGCAAGCCAGGUCAAGUCACGGCUACCGAAUUGACGACAUCCAAUACUUCCAAACAAGUGAACUGCUUUACAGAUUUCCCAUUUCCUGAUGCGGCGGCAACGCAUCCAUCGUCAAAAGACAUUGGUGACUAUCUGGUCGCCUAUGCAAACCACUUUGACCUGUUGCGACAUAUCCAGUUUUCAACAAAGGUCGCAAAGGCAGAACGCGAUAAUGCAACGGGCCAAUGGAUUAUUGACACAGAGUCUUUCUCAACUCAAGGAGCUCCCGGGACACAAAAGCACACCUUUGAUCGGGUAGUGGUAGCAACUGGUAUCUUCCAGACUAGAAAAAUGGUCGAUAUCCCCGGGAUUGAAAAGUUUCAAGGCGAUUUUGUGCAUUCUCGCGAAUUCAAAGAUCCUCAUCGGUACGCUGGUAAGAACGUUAUGGUCAUUGGGAUAGGUGCAACGGGAGCCGACACAACUUCAUUUCUGAAGAGGGUCGGAGCAGCCAAGAUUUACUUGAGUCAUCGAAGCCAGACGUACUUGCUCCCGCGCGUCGUCCAAGGUAAAGCCUUUGAUCAUUCCAUGUCGUACCGCAUGGGAUGUAUCAUGCGAUUCAUCAGCGGCUGGACGCCCAAGGCCUUUCUGACCUUGAUGACCAAGGGGAUGCAAGCCGCGCAACAAAAGGCCUUUCCAUGGUUAAAGAGCCACACUUCCUUUUCGGCACCACGCCCACUCCCCGGUGCUCCCAUGCUCUAUCGAAUCCCCAUCUUCUCCGACGACCUGGCACAUAACCUGCGAGACGGCAUCGUCCAGUCCGUCGUGGGGGUCCGCGAGGUAACGGGCCCGCAUACCGUGAUGCUGACCGACGGCUCCACUGUCGACAACCUCGACGCCAUUGUCGUGUGCUCGGGCUACCGCUACGACUUCUCCGUGGUCCCGGGGGCCGGCAACCCGGUCGACCCCGCCAAGGCGACCGACGGGUACCGCCGCAUCCGGGCGGCGCCGCACUACGAGGACGACAACCCCUUCCCCCGCCUGUACCGGGGCUUCAUCUCGGAGCAGUUCCCAGACUCGCUGGCGUUCCUAGGCCACCUCGUCAUCAUGGGCCCGGCGUGGGUGACGUACGAUCUGGCCACCAUGGCGCUGGCGAGCCUCUGGAGCGGCGGCGGCGGCGCCGCCCCGGCAGCACUGCCGACGGCCGCGCAGAUUGAAGCCGACAUUGAGGCGCACUAUCAGGCCAUGAUUGACGCCCUCCACGUCGACAAGGUCACGCACCUGGGCAUCCGCAUGCGCGGGGGCGAGACCUUUGACUGGCUCAACAACACGGCGGGAACCGGACUGCCUCUGCUCUUGGGCAGCUUUAGCCUCGCCGCGUGCAAGCUCUGGUGGCGGGAUCGUCGCUUCUAUAACCUGCUCAUGGACGGGCUGAAUGCCCCUGCCGUCUAUCGCCUAUUCGAUAACGGAGGAGGAGGCCGGGCCCCGUGGCCGGGGGCGCGGGCGCAUAUCGAAAAGGUGAAUGCAGAGGUCAAGGAGAUGGGGGAUAAGUGGAGGCAAGAGGAAAAGGCAAAGCCGCAUUGA